AUGGAGACCUUUCUGAUGUUGCUGCUGGCACAACCUCCUCACAUAUGCAAGGCUCACAUUGUGAAGUGUCAUAUCCAUGAUCCACACCCUCCGCUUCACAAGUAUCACCAGUCAGGGGAGCUCAUUCUUGGUGGCAUAGCUUCUCACAACUUCAUCGUCUCCAAAGAAUUAUCCUUCACUGAAGAACCCCCACCAGCAUUGGUUGAAGAACUUAUUGUAGUGCCAAAGCAUUACCAACACAUCCUAGCCUUGGCAUUCGCAGUCAAGGAGAUCAAUGAAAACCUCCACUUCUUACCCAAUGUUACCUUGGGCUUCCACAUCUAUGACAGCUAUUUCAAUGGAAAGUGGACCUAUCAUGCCACAAUGCUCCUGAUAUCUACACUAAACAGAUUUUCCCCCAACUACAAAUGUGACAGUCAGGAUGACCUGAUAGCAGUUAUUGGUGGGUUGGACUCUCCAGUCUCUCUUCAUGUGGCUACAAUCUUGGAUCAAUAUAAAAUUCCACAGCUGCAUCAUUUUCUGAGAAGCAUUUCGUUUAACAACAGUGCUGGGGACAUGAUUUCUUUUGACGAGAAUGGGGUGCUUGUUGCUGGAUUUGAUAUUAUCAACUGGAUUAUUUUCUCCAACCAAUCCUUUCAGGGGAUGAAGGUUGGGACAGUGGAUCCCCAGGUUUCUUCCGACCAACUAUUCGCCAUCAAUGAAGAUGCUGUGACAUGGCAUACCUGGUUUAACCAGGUGAGGCCUAUUUCUGUGUGCAGUGAAAGCUGCAAUCCUGGCUCUAGCAAGAAAGUGAAGGAGGGGAAGUCAUUUUGCUGCUAUGACUGCAUCCCAUGUCCUCAAGGGAAGAUUUCAGACCAGAAAGACAUGAAUGAUUGCGUCAAAUGCAUGGAGCAAAGCUAUCCAAACAAAGAACAGGAUUUCUGUCUUCACAAGAUUGUCAUCUUCUUGUCUUAUGAAGAACCUUUGGGGAUAGGCUUGGCCUGUUGCGCUCUUUCCUUUGCUUUGACCACCGCUCUGGUGCUAGGGACAUUUAUGAAGCACCACAACACUCCCAUUGUCAAAGCAAAUAACAGGGACCUCACUUACACUCUCCUCACCUCCCUUCUACUCUGCUUCCUUUGCGUUUUGCUAUUCAUUGGACAGCCUAAGAAGGUGGUGUGUCUUCGACAGAUUGCUUUUGGCAUCAUCUUCUCAGUGGCUGUUUCUUGUGUGCUGGCAAAAACCAUCACUGUGGUUCUGGCUUUCAUGGCCAACAAACCAGGAUCAAGGAUGCAGAAGUGGGUGGGGAAGAAGUUGGCCAGCACCAUUGUUUUCUCUUGCUCCUUUAUUCAAGCAGCCAUUUGUACUGUGUGGCUGGCUACUACUCCCCCUUUCCCAGACAUUGACACAAAAUCACUUAAUGAAGAAAUUGUACUAGAAUGUAACGAAGGAUCUGUACCUAUGUUUUAUUGUGUCUUGGGCUACAUGGGCUUGCUGGCCACUAUCAGUUUCACUGUAGCUUUCCUGGCCAGGAAGUUACCUGACAGUUUCAAUGAAGCCAAGUUCAUCACUUUCAGCAUGUUGGUCUUCUGCAGUGUUUGGGUGUCAUUUAUUCCAGCCUAUCUCAGCUCCAAGGGAAAAUACAUGGUUGCUGUGGAGAGUUUUUCUAUUUUAGCCUCCAGUGCAGGGCUGUUGGGUUGCAUAUUUUCCCCAAAAUGUUACAUUCUUUUGUUGAGGCCUGAGCUGAACAAGAGGGAACAGCUAAUAAAAAGAGGUUUUUGA